CGAGUGAAUGAGUGCGUACAUGACUCGGUUUAGUUGCGCCCGUACAUUAAAUAUGUAUAUGUAUAUGUUUGUGGGUAUGUGCAUAUGUAUUUAAUAAGUAUAUAAAUCACGCUUUUGUGCACAACAAUGAGAAGCACAAGCGAAUUGAGAGACAUUUAUUUCUAGAAUUGAUAUGACUGAUGACGCCGACGCGUCAGCAGCAGCAGCAGCAGCAGCGACAACAACAACAACAACAACGGCCACAUUAUUAAGGCAGUAUCAGCGAAGUCAACUGCGACGGCUACGGCGACAGCGGCAGCGGCAGCGGCGUCGACUGGGCUGACUAACAAGCGCGCACCGCCAAAAGCAACGCCAUUCGCCAGCCAACAGCCGUGCGAGGUUAGAGCAACAGUACAGAAAACCUAACCACCCACCUAAAACCCACAAGCCAAACCACCGAUUCCCCCCCUCGCCCGACCAAAAAGAAACAAUUAUUUUCCCAUAUCAAUUGGACUACGGCAGUGACAAAGCCAAGCUAAGCAAUAUGGGCAGCUGUUGCUCAAAGGAUUUGGAUGAUAAGCGCUCCUGGAGCCCCGAUGAAACCAAAAAUGGCAGCACCACAUCGACCAUCAUAGCACAGCCCAUAGAUAAUGUGGGCAGCACAGGUGUGUUCACGCUAACCCGCCACACAUCAACAGCGACAUCAACAACGACAACAACGGAGAAACAACAACAGCAUCAACAGCAACAUCACAAAGAUGUGAACACAACAAAUACAGCUGAUUCUGAUCCUGAUGCCAAGGAGUAGCCCAACUUAACAUACCAAUACAUAUCCAAUGCUGUUUGUUUUUUGUUUGUGUUUUGUUUUUUUUUUUUUUUUUGAUAAUUCAACAUUUGUUUACCUACCAAGUACAUACAUAUAUGUAUGAAUGUACAUAUGUACAUAUAUGUAUGUGCAUAUUGAAGUUUGUGCUCCAUGUAUAAAUUAUACUUUGUUUUUUUUUUUAACAAAAAACAUUUGUGACAUGUGUGUUUGCUUGGAAAGAGGAAGAACCAGUGCGUGUACGCUUAUACAUAAGUGUGUGUGUGUGUGAGUGUGUGUGAAUAUUUUGUUUAACAAUGAAUAAUCCGUCUUUGUUGACUAGCCAAGCUAUCGAGUACUGUUAUUAAUAUGAAUUAUACUCAAAACAUGCCCAAAGCAAAGUUAAACUUGAAAAUAAACGAUUAAAUGAAUGCGAUUCACUCACUCACUCAA